CUCGGAGUCACCACGUCUCACUGCGCGCGCAACCUGAGUAGACCAACCCGGGCGAUUGCCAAUGGUAGCACACCCAUUGGAUGGCCUGUGUGCGGAUUAACUACCAGACCUCAGUGACCCACUGAACGCCUGUUCAAGUUCGCCGUUGAUUCCGCAUUCCCUCGUUCAAGCGGCGGCACGUGUUCCGACGUACGUCCACCGGAAGAAACUCGGAACCACAACGACCGAUAUGACACUGAGCGGAGGAUCACGGCAGGCCGGGAGCAUGGUUGGUCAUCUGCAGAAGGAUACAACACUCACGAAGAUCUUCGUGGGUGGUUUACCCUACCACACCACAGAUGACAGCCUUAGAUGUUUCUUCGAGCAGUUUGGACCGAUCGAAGAAGCAGUGGUGAUAACUGACCGGCAAACGGGCAAAAGUCGGGGGUACGGCUUCGUCACGAUGGCACGAAGCGAGGACGCCCUGCUGGCCAUUCGCGAUCCAAACCCGUGCAUCGAUGGCAGGAAAGCAAACGUCAAUCUGGCCGUUCUGGGUGCAAAGCCGCGCCUAAUGCCUGGUGCGAACCCCGUUUUGCCUACCUUCUUCCCACUACAAACAGGAUUGGCUGCGACGGAUGCUGCCGGUAAUCCUGCUGGCCUUUAUGGCACAACCAACAGUGGCUUCAUGAACCCCCUCCUGGCAGCCGGUCUUUUGCCCAACUUUGGUAUGCCUACAGCCGCCGCAGCAACUUCCGCCUUUAAUGGUCUGAUUCCAGCACCUGGCGCUCAACUCCCCACCGUUGGAACUCAUGGGGCGGACGCGCGCCUUUCUACUUCUUUGUCACUCAGCCCGCUGAAUAAUGCAAAUAUGCUUCUCAACUAUCCAUCCACUGCAAACGGCAAUCCGGCAGCAGUGACUUGUGCAUCACAAUUCUCUCCCGCGGCAUUAGCUCUUCUUAUGUCUGCGUAUGGUCACGGUGCUGUCACUUUGGGGACGACGAUAAACGGCAAUCCUUAUCUCGGCCAGCCGAGUUUGGGUGCGCUACAUCCAGCAACCAGUUUGCUCACCCUUAGCCCGACUACUCCGAACACAUUGCCUCUGCAGACUGGUGCCUAUUCGUCCAGUCAGCCGAUGCCGGUAACUCGGAAUCUGGGGCCAGACGUAUCAGCGGGAACCGACCUGAAUGCAUAUUCAACUGCUGUGGCUUAUCAACGGCUAUUAGGUGCGGCCUCCAGCGGUUACACUCCGAUUCAGUCGCCACUACUUGCCCCGACAGGUGGCUUAGCACUAUCACAAGCAGCCACUGGUCUGAACGGCUCUGUGGGCUGUGCGACUCCCGUUUUCGGCUACAGUGGCACGUCUUUACCGGAUCCAUCCAACACCAUGACAGCAUAUACUCAUUCCUCGGAGGUAAUGGGUAACGGAUUGCACAACCCGAGCGAACCAGUCAACGGACAAGCCAUGACACCUGGCUUACAACACAAUGUCAUUCAGUCGACUACAGGGCAAGCUCACAUGGCUUUAGUAUCCACCAGAGAUGAAACUGUGGAGUGCAACUCAGGGCCGGUGCUUUACAAAUAAGGACUAUCCAUUAAGGCUUUUGCCUCAUGAUGUCUGCUACUUACAUGUCUCAUCCAAUGACCUGUCCUGCGGACAUAAUUUGGGCCACUGUAAGCGAGCAAGCAGUUUCUUUGGUUGAGGAACACAUUCCAGUUAUCGUAUAUUUCCCUUCUCCACCUUGUUGGUUCUUUCCUUCACCCACCAGAUGUGCAUUGGCACUCUGUCCGGUACUUUUUCGGUUCUUUUGUCCACUCCCCUUUUCCAUUUAUUUUUGGGGAGCAACAGCCAUUAUGUGAUAUGUCUGACUUCUAUUACGUCCCCAUCGUUCUCGUAUGUCUUUCGAGAUUCUCUCGAUCAAACUACUCUGGGAGUAAAUCGUCCAAACCGUCCGCUCUUACCUCAAAGUGCUUGACUGCAUUAGUCCUCGGAUUUCCUCUUUUCUGACUUGCAGCUCCUUUCUGUCAGCCACGUCGUUCUCAUCCAUGAGGCUUUUUCUUCCUUUAUCUGUUUACUUUCUUUUUGGUUUUCUUUUCCCUUAUUUACUUACAACAACGACAGUUUCAUACCCUCCUAUUCAGCCCAAUCAUGUGGUUUCAAUUCGACCUUGCUCAUGUGACCUUGAGGCAGAACAUGCACAACGUGAACGCUUCGGUAAUUUAAAUAGAACGGCAUAUGUGGAAAAAUUUCGCAAGGUUUAAUUAAUCUUCUUGUCUGACGAUCAAGAGCUUCAAGGAACUUAGUCUUGUUAAUUUUGUACUCAUAUGAAUUAUCUUCCGGUUGUAAAUGUGUCAAACUCCGAAUACUGGAAUUUGGUUCCUCACCGCAUGCUUGUUGUGUUUGCUGUCACAAAACUUGUUAUCAUUCGUCAUACCACCGAUUACACUGCACUGGCGAUUGAAGGCUCUCGUUGAAAGUGGAAUUAUGGCUGCUAACAGCGCGCCGAGCUCUCUAUGAAUGUGGACCUAGUGAUCUACUAUCAAUCAGUGUGGACCAGAGCUAGUAUGGACGACCGACUGUAUCUGCCUCUGCCACAUUGUGGCGCGGUUUGCCUAGGCCCUAUGCAGUGCGUUCGACUGUUGCAGGACCUUUCAGUUCACGUAUUUGGCUAGCCAUCAUAGCUCAAACGUGUUGGUUCAUCACGCUGACAAGCUGCCUACUACCUCCCUUUCAUACGCUUGCUACGUUUCCGGAUAUUUUUCGGACUACAUAUCAGACAUUUCUUCCUUUGGUCUUUCUCCGAAUGAGCAACUUGUUUGCUAAUGGCACUCAUCACUAUGUCUGAUGUUUA